CGCUUGGUGAUCUUUUGUUCAUGCACGUGGAGCAUGGAUCUAACCUCGUUGCACCGUUGACGUUAAAAAAUCGCGAGUAUUCCAACAUCUAUUGAAGUAAAUUGGAAUAACUAGGAUAAAAUAAUCGUAAACGGUAUAGUGGAAAAAUGGGUAAAUUGGGCCCACGGUUGAAUAGUAGGAAAAAGGCAAAACGAUGGCCAAAAGGUCAGAGUGCCAGUUCCAAUCCAGAGACGAAAAAACAUCGUGAACAGGCAGCAUGGAUGUUUUUUAAAGAUAAUUCCGGUAAGCCUGGUCUGACAAAGGCAGAUUUACAAAAACACGAUGCCAUUCAAGGUAUAGGGCCUCAAUUUGAAAAACUUGAUCUAGACGAAGAUAACUCUGAGACCUGUACAGAAAGUACAGUUAAUACUUUUGAUACAUUUGCUACCAAUUACAGUAAUUGUUCGAAUGUAUCGUUUAAUAGGUUUUUAAAUCACUUUCAAUCAAAUUCCUUAUUGCAUAAAGAAAUGUUAGCUGUACUAUCAGCAGUUACUGAAGUUAUAAAGCAGAAUAAUGGAACUGAAUCUUCCACAGAAUAUUUUGCUGCAUUGAUGAGCACUUUGGAAGCAAUUGAAUCUCAGACAUCAAUUGCAGCUACACUUUCUCUAUUGGGUAUGGGUUUAAAAACUGUACCCAGAAACAUUUUGAAUUUACAAUUUGGACCUGCUAGUAAAAUUUUUCUUGAUAUCCUUUCGAAACAUGUAUCAUCUGAAGACUUCUUAAUACUAAGACAUUGUAUUCACUGUUUGUCUUUGCUUCUUCGAGCAUUAGAGAUGGCUGCAUGGUCUGACUCUUCUACUAUGCAAGUAUUAAAUGUCCUUUUAUCAUUCAUUACGCACAGUAAACCAAAAGUACGAAAGGCAGCACAACAUGGAGUAUGUGCCAUAUUGAAAGGAAGCGAGAUAAUGAAGGGAGAUAACCCACCACAGUUUCAUCCAGCUGCACCACAAAUUGCAAAACAUUGUAUCAGUCAAUUGCAAAUUAGUUCAGAGCCUGGUGGUAUUACCAGCAUUCUCCAUGUACUUACACUUAUGAAAGAUAUCACUCAUCAUUUGCCAAAACAACACGUGAAGACUAUUUGCGAAUCAUUGCUGAAAAUUAUGACGUUAAAAAAUGUUCUGACGACAUCGUGUUGUCUACAAGCCUUCCAUGGUUUAUUUGUUUCCCGACCCUCGCCAGUUAUUUUAACACCUCAAAGAAACGCGCAAAUCAUCGGUGCUCUUUACGAUUAUCAACCACCAGCGACCGAUCCGCAACCCACACUUGCAUGGUUAACAGUCAUGCAAGAAGCUUAUUUAAAUUUAGCUAACGCUUCACUGAAUUUGUGUGCAGCUAUUUUACCAAGAAUGUUGGAUAAAUGCAUGGAGUUGUGGCUCUCGGACAGAUCAGCAGUUAUAUCUGGCACAUCGCAUACGAUCAAAAUUUUAUUGCAGGACUGUGUUGGAAAAAUGUGUGAAAAUGAAGAACUAAUAAGAAAAUAUAGUGUCACAAUCGAUCAAAUAAUUCUCAUGAUGUACAAAUCAUUGAAUUACAAAUACUUGGAGGCAUGGUAUCAUAUUCUUCAUCUAAUGGCUUUACUUUUUCAGGUAACUGGAAAAUCGCAAAGCCCGAAAUUGUCGGACAUAUUAAUAAGGUUAGCAGAUUUACGCGAUUCCUAUAAUUUUACAUCUAAAAAUGAUGUCGAAUACGCUAUCGGUGCUGCGAUAAUGGCCAUGGGUCCAGAAACAGUACUAAGUUUAAUUCCAUUGAAAGUAUCCAAUGAUACGAUUUACUUGAAGAGAAGUUGGCUGUUGCCCUUAUUGAAGGAUUGUGUUUCCGGUGGAACACUUCGUUUCUUUGCAGAAACAUUACUGCCGCUAGCUACAAUAUGCGAGACGAAAGCGACCGAAUCAGUAGGAGGAAAAACCUAUGAAUUUAUGCUUGCCCAAAUAUGGGCUGUCUUGCCAAGUAUAUGUCAUAAUGCUACCGACGUAAAAGAAAAUUUUCAGAAUAUCGCUAAAUUGUUGGGAAUAACUUUUAAUGAAAAAAAAGAUUUGAGGUUAUCCAUUAUGUCCGCAAUACGAAAGUUAAUUACAAGGGCGAUCGAAGAAAAUAAGAAGGAAGAUAUAGCGGAAAUUGCCAGAUUUGCAAAGAAUUAUUUACCGAUGUUCUUAAAUCUGUAUACUACUAAGCCAAAUGGAACCGACGAGGAAGGGCAGCGUCUGGCUGCAUUCGAGACGAUUAGGACGUAUCUUGCAAUUGUUAGCAGCGAUUUAGUACACGAGCUAUUCGAUCGCGCAUUGUGUAGGUUAAACGAACCUAACAUCGAUGACUUUUUCAAGGAAAGUGUUCACGAUAUAAUAAGACUAUUAAUUGAAUAUACCGAUACCCAUAGAAUAAGGGCUUUCUAUGAUAUUUGCGUACCAGUUCUUAAAACGAAUGCCAAGAGUAAGGAACAGAAGAAAGCGUAUAGAUUUUUGGAAGAGAUAUGCGGCAGUGAAAAAGCCACAUGUAAAACUUUUGUACAGCAGCACAGACGUGAAAUACAGAAGUUAUUAAUAUUGUCGGCAACUGAGGUUGCAAAACCAAGCAGAGCAGCUCGAUUAAGGUGCCUAAUUCACAUAAUCAAAGCUCAUCCACAACUCGAGCAAACGAAAUUCUUGGAGGCUGUUGUCCCCGAAGCAGUGGUAUAUUUAAAAGAUUUAAACUCAAAAUGUCGAACGUGUGCUUAUCAACUUUUGAACACUAUCGCCGAGAAAUUUUUAGGAAACCCCGAGCAUUUAAAAGAAUAUGUCAAUAUGUUAAUGGUUGGCUUGGGUGGUACACAAAAGUAUUGCACUGCGUCUGUAUUGGCACUUGCAUCUGUUACUUAUCACUACAAUGGAUCUUUAGGCGUGGACACAGUUAAAGAAAUAGUAGACCAUGCGUGUAGGCUUGUUGCGAGUCCUACACGAGAGAUUACGGAAGCUGCGCUGGCUUACAUAAAAGUAUACAUUAGCGUCAUGCCGUCUCCAAUUGUUGCUUCAACUUUAUCUAAAUUGAUGGAAGCUUUAUGUGGGAUAAAUGACGAUUGCCACAGGCAUUUCAGACAAAAAGUGCGCGAUAUUUUAGUAAAAUUAUUAAGAAAAUAUGGAGUAGAAACUAUCUCGGGUAUGAUACCUUCUUCCAAUGGAAUGUUGCAUAAGAGAUUGAAAAAUAUAAAUAAACUGGAGGAGGCAAAGAAAAAGACUAGAGAACUGAAAAAGUCGAAACAACAGGAUGACGAAGAAGAUGAGUUCAGUGCGAAGAGAAGACCCAAGAGCGUCGAAGAAAUAUUGGCGGAUAGCGAAGAUGAAUUUGAAAGUUCGGAAGAUCAAGCGUCAAGGAAGAACCAAAAACGAACGUCACGAAAAGAAGCUUGGAUUCAAGAGAACGAGGAAAUUAUCGAUCUCAUUGACCCCGCGGCUGCUCGAAAUAUAUCAACAACACUACCUGGAGCUUUAAAUCCAAAAACACAAACUCUGAAACCCAAGGAUCGUGGAUUUAAGACUGCGCCAGAUGGGCGUCUUAUUAUCACAUUGAAUAAUGAGAGAGAUGACGGAGAAGCGAAGAAAACUAAGAAAAUUCCAUUCUUGCAUAGCGACUCGGAAGAUGAGUAUGAGGACUACGAUGACACUCAGUCGAUAGCCACAGCCCCAGCGAUAAAUAAAAAGCGUAAACGAAAUAUAGAUUUCGAUAGUAUUAGUGUAAGAAGCGAGGCUACAUCGAAAUAUCAAGCUGGAGGGUCAGGAAUUCAUCGACCGGUAAAGAAAGGAAAGGUAGAUCAUGCGCUUGGGGCAGAAUAUAAGGCGCAAAAAGCAGGAGGAGACAUUAAGAAGAAAGGCAAACCAGAUCCAUAUGUAUACGUACCUCUGUCGAGAUCAGUGUUAAACAAAAGGAAAAGGAAAAGGAAUGCUAGCAAGUUCAAAGGUAUCGUUAAAGGAGCGCAGAAAGGUGCACAAAAGGGAAUGAAGAAUAGGAAUAAGAAUAAAGAAUGAUUUAUUAAGGUAUUGCUUAAGUGCGAUGAAUCAAAAUGGAAUUAUUUGUUCCUAGAUGCUUAUUACGCUUGUUGCGAAUCCUGGUUUUUUUUUGUUUCAUAAUGAAAAAUGUGUACAAAUAUGUGAAAGGUUUCAAUCUAAGAAAUUGUGUAUUUACAAAAAAUUGAAUAUAGAUUUCUUUUUAAUGAUCCAUA